AAAUUGAUUUCGAAUACGCUGCCAACGUGAUAAAAUUACUUAUAUUAGUAAUAAAAUUCUAUAAGUAAUUUCAGUUUCGAUAGUCCGUAAACACAUAUCUCGCUACAUAUGCACGAAUAACCGGCACGAACGCAGAAAAUGUAAUCAAUGGUAAAUCAUUAUGUUCGUGAUAGUUGGUAGCAAUGAGAUCUGAACAGCUGUUCUUUUACAUAGUUCGAUUAGUUUUCAAAAUUGACAAUAGUAAUAUGGAUAGACCAAUUGCUGUCGAUAUUGUGAUUAUAGCCGGAAAUUCUCACCAUGAAUUAGCCAAUUUAAUAGCCGAUCGAUUAGGAGUGAGAAAUGGAGGAUGCGCUGUGUACUAUAAGACAAAUCGAGAGACAAUGGUUGAAAUCGCAGAUUCUGUUAGGGGCAAAGACAUAUUCAUUAUACAGACAGGCACCAAAGACGUAAACAAUAAUAUAAUGGAGUUACUGAUAAUGGCCUACGCAUGUAAAACUUCUUCAGCCAAAAGUAUCGUGGGUGUUAUUCCUUAUCUGCCAUAUUCAAAACAGUGUAAGAUGCGUAAACGAGGCUGCAUUGUUUCCAAACUCUUAGCUAAAAUGAUGUGCAAAAGUGGACUAACACAUAUAAUUACAAUGGAUUUACAUCAAAAAGAAAUUCAAGGUUUCUUCGAUUGCCCAGUCGAUAAUUUAAGAGCUAGUCCCUUCCUUCUUCAAUACAUUCAAGAAUCGAUUCCAGAUUAUCGGAAUUCGGUGAUAGUAGCGAGAAAUCCAGGAAGUGCGAAGAAGGCCACGAGCUACGCGGAACGUCUGCGCCUUGGCAUUGCCGUCAUUCACGGUGAGCAACGAGAGUCGGAGUCUGAUAUGAACGAUGGCCGAUACUCACCUCCGACCCUUUCGUCCUUGAGAACGAUGCAGGUGGGAGUAGGGGUACCCGUGCACCCGGCUAAGGAGAAACCACCGAUAAACGUGGUUGGAGACGUGGGUGGGCGCAUAGCCAUUAUGGUCGACGAUAUGGUGGAUGAUGUACAGUCCUUCGUCGCCGCUGCCGAGGUACUCAAGGAGAGGGGUGCUUACAAGAUUUACGUACUUGCAACGCACGGGCUCCUGAGCUCCGACGCGCCCCGACUUAUCGAGGAGUCUCCCAUCGACGAGGUCGUCGUUACUAAUACAAUACCACAUGAAUUACAAAAAAUGCGGUGCCACAAAAUAAAAACUGUAGAUAUCAGUAUUCUGCUGGCAGAAGCUAUUCGACGCAUACACAAUAAGGAAUCAAUGUCCUAUCUAUUCAAAAACGUAACUUUAGAGGACUGAGUGUUCUCAGAAUUAUUAUCCAAGUCGAUCGUCGGUACCUGUAUACAUAUGUAUAUCACACAGCUCAUCAAUUCCUCCGCCAUAUCAAGAUGAAAAAAAAAAAAAAAAA